AGCACCCUGAAAAUACCUCCCUGUCCCAGAGCUGUCGCGCGCUCCGGCCUCGCCAUGCUCCUGCUGCUGGGGCUGUGCCUGGGGCUGCCCCUCUUCUCAGAGUCCCAGGAAGAGGCGCGGAGCUGGGAUGACGCCUCGGAGCAAGUCGUGCUCAGGGUCCCCAGGCAACUCAGGCUGUUGCAAAGGCUGAAAGCCAAGCCCUUGAUGACGGAGUACUCGGUGAAGUCCACCAUCAUUUCUCGCUAUGCCUUCACCACAGUCUCCUGCAGAAUGCUCAACAGAGCUUCUGAGGACCAGGAUGUCGAGUUCCAGAUGCAGAUUCCAGCAGCAGCUUUCAUCACUAACUUCACCAUGCUUAUCGGAGACAAAGUGUAUCAGAGUGAAAUUACAGAGAAAGAAAAGAAAAGCCGUGAUGGGAUAAAGGAAAAAAGAAACAAAACCACAGAUGAUAAUGAGGAGAAGGAGAUGGACACGUUCCAAGCUUCCUUAGUGAUUCCCAGCAAGGACAAAGCCGCGUUCCUCCUCAGUUAUGAAGAGCUUCUGGAGAGAAGGCUGGGGAAAUACGAGCAUAUCAUCAGUGUGCGCCCCCAGCAGCUGGUGGGGAGGCUCACGGUGGAGGUGAAUGUUCUGGAGAGGUCGGGCAUUGCGGCCUUGGAGGUGCUGCCUCUUCACAACAGCAGGAAGAAGGGCAGUGGGGUGGCAGAAGGCGAUACGGGUCCUCCCCCUUCUACUGUUAUCAACCAAAAUGAAACUUUUGCCCAAGUUCUUUUUAAGCCUACUGUAGUCCAACAAGCUAAGAUUGCCCAGAAUGGAAUUUUGGGAGAUUUCAUCAUUCGAUACGAUGUCAAGAGAGAGCAGCGCAUUGGUGACAUCCAGGUUCUGAAUGGUUACUUUGUGCACUACUUUGCUCCUAAAGACCUCCCUCCUUUACCCAAGAAUGUGGUUUUCGUGCUUGACAUCAGUGCCUCCAUGGUGGGAGCGAAACUCCAGCAGACCAGGGAAGCCCUCGUCACAAUUCUCAAUGACCUCCGACCCCAGGAUCAUUUCAAUAUCAUUGGGUUUUCCAACCGAAUUAAAGUGUGGAAGGACCACCUGCUACCGGUGACUCCUGAUAACAUCAGGAACGGCAAGCUCUACAUCUACCACCUGUCACCCACUGGAGGUACAGACAUCAAUGGGGCCCUUCAGACAGCCAUCAAACUGCUCAACAAUUAUGUGACCCAGAACGACAUUGAAGAUCGGAGUGUGUCACUCAUCAUCUUCCUCACGGAUGGAAAACCCACCUUCGGGGAGACCAGUACCCAUAAGAUUCUCAGCAAUACCAAGGAAGCCGCUGGAGGUCAGAUCUGCAUCUUUACCGUUGGCAUCGGCAAUGAUGUGGACUUCAAACUGUUAGAGAAACUUUCGCUGGAGAACUGUGGUCUUACACGGCGUGUUCAGGAGGAGGAGAAGGCUGGAGCACGGCUCAUCGGGUUCUAUGAUGAAAUCCGGACCCCGCUUCUCUCUGAUAUUCGCAUAGAUUAUCCUCCUGACGUAGUAGAGCACGCCACCAAAACUCUGUUUCCCAACUACUUCAAUGGCUCUGAGAUCGUCAUUGCCGGGAAGAUGGUAGACAGGAAAUUUGAUCAGUUCCACGUGGAGGUCACUGCCAGCAACAGUAAGAAAUUUGUCAUCCUGAAAAAAGACAUCCCCGUGGAGUCCCAGAAGCUGGGAAAUGAUGUCACGGUCACCCCUGGGCCUGCCAGUGAUGGUGAGGAGGACCCCAACCACAUUGAGCGUCUUUGGAGCUACCUCACUGUGAAGGAACUGCUGAGCUCCUGGGUGCAGAGCAGCAGUGAGCAAGAGAAGGAGCAGCUGAGGCAGAAGGCCCAGGCUUUAGCCUUGAACUACCACUUCCUCACCCCCUUCACGUCCAUGAAGCUGAAGAAGCCAGGGCUCCACCCAGACAGGCUGGAGGACACCCGCGGCAUGUCUGCAGCCACAGGACCCGAGACAGUGGUGCAGAGCCUGCGAGGAUCCGAUGUGCAGCCAGGACCUGCUCCCAAGAAACCAUAUGGCCCAAGAAUUAAAAUCUCUAAAACAUCAGUGGAUGGUGAUCCCCAUUUUGUUGUGGACUUCCCCUUAAGCAAACUCACUGUCUGCUUUAACAUUGAUGGAGAGCCUGGGGACAUCCUACGGUUGGUGUCUGAUCACCUGGACUCUGGGGUGACCGUGAACGGAGAGCUUAUUGGGGCCCCAGCACCUCCAAAUGGUCAUAAGAAACAGCGCACAUACUUCCGGACCAUCACCAUCCUCAUCAACCGGCCAGAGAGAUCUUACCUCGAGAUCACACCCACCAGGGUCAUCCUGGAUGGUGGAGACAGGCUGGUCCUCCCCUGCAACCAGAGUGUGGUGGUGGGGAGUCGGGGACUGGAGGUGUCGGUGUCUGCCAAUGCCAAUGUCACUGUCACCAUCCAGGGUACCAUUACCUUCGUCAUCCUCAUUCACCUGUACAAAAAGCCAGCACCCUUCCAGCGAAACCACCUGGGCUUCUAUAUUGCCAACAGCAAAGGUCUCUCCAGCAAUUGCCACGGCCUGUUAGGCCAGUUCCUGAACCAGGAUGCCAAACUCAUCGACGACCCUCCUGCAGUAUACGGCAAGAAUCUUAGUAAUCGGCCAUUUCCUCAGACAGAAGGGGUACCCGAGGCUAUCAUAAAGGUGAAAGGGCGCCGAGUUCCAGUGGUCUGGAAACAAAGGAAGAUUUAUAAUGGGCAAGAGCAGGUGGACUGCUGGUUUGAUAGAAACAAUGCCGCCAAGCUGAUUGACGGGGUGUAUAAGGACUACCUGGCAUCCCAUCCAUUUGACACGGAGAAUACACCGAGGAUGUCCAGGAGAGCUGAGACUGGCAGUCUUCCUGAGAAGAUUAACAGGGAGGCAGCUUCGGGUCUACUCUGA